CUGCUCCUUCUUUCUCCUUCCCUCCACCGACCCUCUUAUCUCAUUCUCUUCUUCUCUUGUUCAUCACUAUUUUUCGAGGUGGUACAUGCCUACCUCAACAGCACAAUUUUGAUCAUGUCAACCCUCCCAUCCGAAGGCUACAAUGGCUACCACCAAUACAAAUCCUCACAUCACCAGAAAUCGCCAUGGUCGCGCCACCGUCGACGGACUCUCGCGACACGCAUCUUGGGUGGUGCGGUCGUGGUGAUUUUCUGCUACAUGCUCUUCCUCCGACCAUCUGUCGCCGACGCCGCGCUUCCAGAAGUCGAUGAGUUACUUCCGAACCAAGACUCAAAACCUGUGCCUAUCGCAAAGGCAUACCCAGAGAGGACGGUACCGCAAAGUCCUCGCGCAGCCGCUGCUGAGCCUGCUGCUCGAGCAGCUCCGAUCGUGGAUGCUCUCCUGCGCAGACCUCAAAGUCCGAUGAAGGACGCUGCGGCAGGCGUCGCAGCUGGAGCUGGAGCUGCCAAAGAUGCCGUCUCAGCUGGAGCGGGAGCCGCCAAAGAUGCCGUAGUCGGAGCUGGAAUGGGAAGAGCAGGCACGGGAAGAGUAGGCGGCGCAGGAGUCCCGACCAGCAGACCGUCUUACGUCGCCAAACCCGAGUACAACUUCGCGGAGAACACCGAUGAUGAAGUCUUCGAGAAAGCCAUCCGGCGCAUGAUCGACCUACUCCCUUCGCAACUUCACGUCCGCCGUGCCCUCCUCGCCGAAUUGACCGAAACUGGCGAAGAACUGCUUCACGAACUCGCGACCCGUGUGCGCGCUUUCAAGUCGCUCUUUGAGGCUUGGGAGGCCGUGCAUCUGGUGCCUUCGUAUGGCUCGCUGGUGCAGCAGAAUGUGCUGGAGAGGCUGAGAAGCUUGCGCGACACGACGUUGAACAUCGGCGAUGCGAUCAAAGGAUACGAUGAGUUCCGCUCGUUCAUGAAUACAUUCGAAAAGAGGCUCUUCUCCGGCACACUGCCGUAUCAUGGAAACCACAUGGCGUUGCACACAAGUUUCUACAAUGGUGGCAGGGGAAUGGUUUUCACCGCAGGUGACGGACAGGCAGGGUUCUUACUCGCCUCCAUUCCGCUAUUCCGCAAGCUUGGUUUCCAAUACCCGAUCGAGAUCAUGUAUAUGGGCGAGGAAGAUCUUAGCGAAGAGCGGAGAGAAGAUUUGGAAGCACUUCCCGGCGUUGUGACGAGAGACUUGCGCAAGAUGAUCAACGAUGAAGGCUGGAAGUUAAAAGGUUGGGCCGCCAAACCUUUCGCCAUACUCAUGUCCUCCUUCCGCGAAGCCAUCUUCGUCGAUGCCGAUGCCAUCUUCUUUGUCAAUCCCGCCGAGCUGUUCGAAGAUGAAGGAUACAAGGACACCGGCGCGCUGUUCUUCAAAGACCGCAAGAUCUUCCCCGAGAGCAAGCGAUCGUGGAUCAAGAAGGUCAUUCCUGGUCCAGUUUCUGCGAAUGUGAAGCGCUCCAGACUUUGGACGGGUGAGAGUGGACACAUGCAGGACAGUGGUGUGGUUGUUGUCGACAAGUGGAAGCAUUUCUUGCCAAUGGUGUUGUGCACGAGAUUGAACGGUCCGGACCGGGAUGGCAACAAGGAUAAGGGCAGGAGAGGAGUGUACGACAUGGUUUAUGGCGACAAGGAAACCUUCUGGCUCAGCUGGGAGAUGGUCGGCGACAGCGGCUACACCUUCCACGACUCCGUCGCGGGAGUCAUGGGAGCCUUCGACAGUGCCACGACCCUCGAACACGCAACCAAGGACAAGAAGACGGAAGACGAGAAACUCAAACUGCUGCAGGGCAAGGACGACAAAAAGAAGGACGAAAAGAAAAAGGACGACGAAAAGAAGGACGAAGAGAAGAAAGACGGCGAAGACGACAAGCCAGACGGCGAGGACAAGAAAGAAGACGACGACAACACCGAAGAAAAAGAAGAAUCCGCCGAAGACGAAACCUCCGUCGAGCCCGCGGACGAAUCCUACGACAUGUCGCCCGCCCGGAACCACACCGUCUGCGCCGCGCAACUCCUGCACUUCACGCUCGAGGGCAAACCGCUCUGGUUCAACGGGUGGAUCUCCGAGAGCAAAGGACUGAAGAAGGAGGCAGUCGACCCGAGUGCGUUUAUGGUGUACAUGGAGGAACCCCGGAAUCGCAAGGAGAGCUGGAAGAUUCACGGCGCGAACGUGUGUUGUUUGACGGCGGAGAAUGUGAGUCAGUUUGAUGAUGGAGAGAAUGAGGUGAUUGAGACGAUUAUUGGGUUGGCGAAGGAGGUCAAUUGGGAUUGAUGAGGAUGAGGAGGGAGGGAUG